GGGGAGAGAGGGCUGGCAUUGAGUGGCGGACAGAAAACUAGGCUGAGUCUGGCCCGGGCUCUGUACCACUCGGCAGACAUCUACCUCUUGGACGACCCCUUGAGUGCUGUCGACACACGUGUGGCUAAACAUAUCUACCAAAAAUGUUGUAUUGAGUACCUGAAAGACAAGGCGACUGUUUUAGUGACGCAUAACAUCCAGUUUCUCAAAGACGCGCAUCAAAUACUUGUGCUCAACGACGGCGAGUGUGUGGCCAUCGGGUCCUACACUCAGCUCAAAGAGCGCGGCAUUGAUCUCAUGGCAUAUCAGAGACAAACCGAUGAAACAAAUCAUAACAGAGCUGUAAAGAGGAGGACAUCUAUCACACCAUCGAUGGUCUCAACCAUUAGUGAGGGAUCGGAUGUGACGGACGUUAGGGAAGCAGAAGAAGCGGACGAACAGGAAGUGAAGGCAGAACUCAAAAUGAUUGGAUCCGUUGAGUCCACUGUUUAUAUGGAUUACUUCAAGUCAGGCGCAUCUGCUCUGAUCAUAACACUUACGAUUUUGUUUAUAAUAAAUUCCCAGGGGGACGUAGACAUGAGCUCGAAAUAUAUUAGCUCAAAACUCUUGUCCUUCGAGAUUUUGGUUUUCGAGCUCAUGUCAUACUCCCAUAUUAGUACUAAUCAAUUGAGUAAAACCCCCGAUCAAGUGGACCAGACAUUCAACAUAAUUAUCUACACGAGUCUAACCUGUGGUCUGUUUGCGUCGGCCCUGUUGUCCACCAUUUGUUUCUACAUAAUGUGUAUGAGAUCUUCGGUUAAUCUCUAUAACCGAAUAUUCUGUGCGUUAUUGCGAUCACCGAUACAUCUGUUCGAGAGUUUGCCCAUUGGGCGAAUACUAAACAGAUUUUCAAAGGACACGGGAAUUGUAGACGAAUUGUUACCAUCGGUUGCCUUUGAAUUUAUAACUAGCCGCGAGAGAUAUAAAGCGAUUGGAGGGGUUGUUCCGGUGUACUCUCACGUGAACACAACGCUGUGUGGGCUGACAUCGAUCCGUGCGUUUGGCGCACAGCAUAUGUUUGAGCGUCAGUUUGAAGUCCACCAAAACGACAACACCUCUACUUUCUUUCUAUUCAUCUGCACUUCCAGAGCACUAGGAAUCCUAACCGAUACCAUUUGUAUUGUAUAUCUGAGUGCUGUUAUCUCAUAUAUUAUGACCAAUAGUGAUGAUAUUCCCGUAGGAAAUGCAGGACUUUUGUUAACAUCGGCCAUAACAUUGACCUGGUUGAACCAAAGUUGUGUUAGAUUAUCGGCCGAAACCGAGUCCUAUAUGACUGCAGUCGAGCGAGUGCUCGAAUACACUGUCAUUAAACCCGAGGCAGAGCUCGAGUCCACUCCCGAUCGGAAACCACCCAAAGAUUGGCCACAAAUGGGAGAAAUAGUGUUCAAAGAUAUGAGUCUUCAAUACAACGAAUCGCCGCAUAAA